UUGCCUGCUCAGUUGUGCACCGGUUCUCAGAGUGAAAGCCCGUGUUGAAGUAACUCUGGAUAAAGUUGAUUCCGGAAAAUUUGAAAACAGAUAUUUUGGUCUGAGGUUAUGGGGAGUCCAGCAGGCUCUUGGCUUAGUGAUACUAUGAGUGUGGAGUCGAGUCCAGAUUUCUACGCUCUACCAAGCAUGAAGUCAACGUUGGGUCUUCUCGAGUCUAGAAACAUGGACAUGUACUCGGACAGAAUGCGCAAAGUGCCGAGUUUAAGUGAUUUGUCCGAAAGUAGCAGUGGAGAAGUGGCAGUGAAUAAUGAUUCGCGCCAUUUUGGAGAUGUGUUGAAGACGACAUAUGUAACCUGGGAUAAGGAUAGUGAGAGGUUAGGUAUACCUCGAGAUCCUAGAUUAUGGAGCCAGGAUCAUGUGUCUCAUUGGCUCUCCUGGGCUAUCAGAGAAUUCUCCUUACAAGGUCCACAUAUUGAUACAUUUGUAACAAGUCUAAGUAUGAGUGGCAGACAAGUUUGUUCAAUGUCUAAAGAAGAAUUUAUCUCCAGAGCUCCUCCGUUCAUGGGAGAUAUACUCUGGGCACACCUUGAGAUACUACAAAAGGACGUGGACAAGGUUGAGAAUGCUCCGACAAACUUUUCCGAACCCUACCAUGUACCUGAUCAGACCCACAGAACCUACACUCAGCUCAAUCCUAUCUCACCUUUGGGUCAACUUCCAACCUCAAACUCUUACUUAAACUCAAGGAUCGAUUACUCCCAGCCUAAUCCAACAGAUACUACUCAGUAUGGGAGUUAUCCUGCUCCUCAGGUCAAACCUCCUCCUCCUCCAAGGGUACCUGUUUACGGUCAGUAUGACGGGUAUGGAUACCCGCAUACAUACCAGCCAGAGCAUUGGGGUCAACAUGAUCUCUACCAGACNAAGGAUGCAGGAAAUAAAUAUCGAAUGAAGAAUUGUUUUUUAUGUUGA